GGUGGGCGGCCCCCCACCGCCACCCCCGGCCCAGACCGGGCGCGGAAGUUGCCGGCGGUCCGCGCCGUCCCGGCCAGGUCCGCAGCCAUGUCGUCCGGGGAUGCGGAGUCCGCGGGACGACAGGGCGCCCCGCGCGCGGCUGCCGCGCUUUGCGGCCUGUACCAUGAGGCGGGCCAGCGGCUGAGGCGCCUGCAAGACCAGCUGGCGGCCCGGGACGCCCUCAUCGCGCGCCUCCGCGCCCGGCUCGCCGCGCUCGAGGGGGACACGGCACCGUCGCUCGUGGACGCGCUGCUGGAGCAGGUGGCGCGCUUCCGGGAGCAGCUGCGGCAGCGGGACGGCGGCGCCGCGGAGGCCGCGCUGCGCCAGGAAAUUGAGAGACUCUCGGAGCAGCUGGAGGAGAAGGAGCGGGAGGCACAGCACCUCCUGAGCCAGCCGGGGCUCGAGCGGGAGAAGGAGCUGGCCCUGCUGCGGAGGAGCGUGGCGGAGAAGGAGCGGGCCCGGGCCGCCAGCCACAUCCUGUGUCGCUCCCUGGCUGACGAGACCCACCAGCUGCGGCGGACCCUGGCCGCCACGGCCCACAUGUGCCAGCAUCUGGCCAAGUGUCUGGACGAACGCCAGGGGGCACUGGGGGCGGCGGGGGAGCAGAGCCCUGAGCCGGAGUGUGCGGACGGGGACGCCUCUGUGCACGCGGUGGUUGAGAAGUUACGGGAGGAGAACCGGGUGCUGAGGCAGAAGGUGACUCACGUGGAGGAUCUUAACGCGAGGUGGCAGCGCUACGACGCCAGCAGGGACGAAUACGUGAGGGGGCUCCACGCGCAGCUGAAGGGCCUGCAGGCAACCCCGGAGCCCGAACUGAUGCGGAAGGAGGUCUCCCGGCUCAACGCGCAGUUGGAGGAGAAGAUGGAUGACUGCGCGGAGGCGCGGCGGGAGCUGGCGGCGGCGAAGAGCGCGAGGGACGCGGCGCUGGAGCGCGUGCAGAUGCUGGAGCAGCAGAUCCUCGCUUACAAGGACGACUUCACGUCGGAGAGGGCCGACAGGGAGCGGGCGCAGAGCCGCAUCCACGAACUGGAGGAGCAGGUGGCCUUGCUGCAGCGCCAGGCGUCCUGGAGACAGGAUUCGCGCGAGGCAGCCUCCUGCCGGAUUCACACGGGGAGCAGAUCUCCCAGAUACUUAGAGACCGACGCUUCGGAGCCUGUGGCGGCCGGUGGCCGGAGGCCUGGGACGGGAUCCCAGUGGCUGGACCUUCCCGCAGAGGGCGGGUGCUCGGGAGUGACCCAGAAAAGCCAGGGGGACCUGCAGUGCCCCCACUGCCUGCAGUGCUUCAGCGACGAGCAGGGCGAGGAGCUCUUCAGGCACGUGGCCGAGUGCUGCCAGUGAGCCCGGUGGCCCGUGGUGGGCGGGCCCCGCAUCAGGAUCGGGGCCCCCAGCACAGGCUGGGGGUGCUUCUGAGCCUCCUCCUCGGCCGCUCUUGGGUCAGCAGGAGCUUGCGGCGGGGCUGGCGGCAGAGGUAGGGGUUGGAGCUUCUAGCGCGGAGCUGGCCUCCCAAGCAGCCAGGCCAAGGCCAUGAGUGGACGGCCAUGGGCCAGCACGUGGCCUUGCCCCCCGGGCGGCGUGGAGCCGAGCCCUGAGCUGCACUGAGACACGCUGCUGGUGUCCGCCACGCCCCCAGAGGCCGAACACUGAUCAUGUGACCUUUCUGUAAUAAAGGAACUUGCUAAGC